CUAGUCCCGCCCUCGCUUAUCUCCCAGCCCCGCCCCCUUGCCUCCGUCUCGCGCCUCCACCCUUUCCUUCAGCCUCGAAUUCCUCAAUCCUAUCUCCUAGCUUCUCCUGGUCUUGUUCUCAUUUCCCCUCUGGUCCAGACCUCUUCAGUCUGGUGCACUUCCUUUCUCUCUCAAACCAGGCCACUGUCUCCUCUUGACUGUGCCGCUUCCUUUUCUGCCCUGCACUUCGCCGUCACCCCCUCACCCCCCGACAUCCUUAAACACCGCCAACCCCCGCCCCCCUCACGCACGCUCUGGAGGCUCCGGCGGCUGCACGAACGCAGGCUCCUUGAUUCACUCUCUUUUAGUCUUCAAUGAAAUGCCCGUGUCUCCUAGGUGGCUCUGUAGUGCCACCUUCAAGGGUGAGCGCGAAGCUCUGCUCUGGGCCUGCGACGUGGUGGUUUGGAUGCGCGUAGCUGGCAACCGUCUGGCGGGGCCCCUCGCUAGCAGGCUCCAGCGAUCCUGGACCAGUUUGCAUCCUCGUCCACCCUUUCUCUCAGUACUCCACGGCUGCUGCCCGGUCUCCUGGGUUGAAUUCCCACCUGAGGCCGAAAUGAAAUGCUGCAAAUACAGUUCGGCUGGGGGACUUUCCAAACGUGCAUAUUUCCAGCUCUGGAAAUGAAAUAAAAAGUUCAGGCUAAUCCCUGUCAGGGGUUUUCCCCUGGAUUUUUUCUGUUCCGUGUCUGGUCUGAUGAUGACUCCAAAGUCAUUCUGGUCAGAUUCUUUCCAAAGGACAGUGAGCGUUUGGGAUACUUUAUGGCAAAUGCAUGGCCCUCAGUUAUUGGUGAAAUCCAUGAAAACAACAGUGGGUCAUUUUUUCAAACUAAAAUUUCCUUUGGAGGUUCUUAGUUGUUGCAUGACCCAUUUUUUUUUUUUUGUUUCCAGGAAAGGGAGAUUCGGGGAUUUUUGUUUCUGGAGAAACAAUUCUUUCUUCCAGGGCUGGUAGGAAACGCUCACUACGUAGAUACAGUAUAUAAAUACAUUGUUAUUUUUAUGGUUACAUAAAAACCACGUUUUUGACUUUGUAGUGCUUGUAAAACUUCAAUUACUGACAACUUUAAUUUGGUCCUCAUUUACAAUGUAAUCUAUAAUUGACAUCAGAUUGGUUUCACUUUUCUUGUUAAAAGCAGAAGUAACUGAUUUUGUGAGUUUGGGUGGAAGCGUGAUUAAUGUUUUAGAAGCACUAGGUUUUCAUUACAACGUUUGUGUCAGGUGUAGAUGUUUUAAUCAAGCCUAGUUGGCAGGUCGGGACCUGGGCCUUUUUUUCCUGGAAGGGGUGGAGUGGGGGCUCUAUCCUUCCUCCCAAAUUAUUUUGGGACUCAGGCACUUGGAUGCCAUAGGUUCGGAGAUGCUUUAAGGAGUUUUUGGAUAGUGUCUGAUGUUGAAGGAUUACGCGAGGAGAGUUAUUUCCAAAGCACCUUUUCCCUUUCUCCCAGCUGAUGUUAUUACGGAUCUGAAGGGAAUCCCUGAGUUUGCUCCUCCCUGCAGCGAGAUGGAGAAUUUAGCUGUGGAUGCAGACCUGCUUGAUGCCAGGCGUCUGAUGAACAAUAAUUUACUUGGAAAGGUUGGAACCAGAUACUUGGUUGGCAGCGGACUAGGUUUUGGUCUCUUCUUUGAGCUUGCCAGGGGGAGUGGGAUCACUGCUGGCAUCUUGGGAAGCCAUCUUUCAGGAGUAUUAUGCGCCAAGAACCUUGCAAAGAAAGACUUCUUCCGACUCCCCGACCCCUUUGCCAAGAUCGUUGUGGACGGAUCUGGGCAGUGCCACUCGACGGACACUGUGAAAAACACGUUGGACCCCAAGUGGAACCAGCACUACGACCUAUACGUUGGGAAAACGGAUUCCAUAACCAUCAGCGUGUGGAACCACAAGAAGAUUCACAAGAAGCAGGGAGCUGGCUUCCUGGGGUGUGUGCGGCUGCUGUCCAAUGCCGUCAGCAGACUGAAAGACACAGGAUACCAGCGUCUGGAUCUAUGCAAACUAAAUCCCUCAGAUACUGAUGCAGUUCGUGGCCAAAUAGUGGUCAGCUUACAGACGCGAGACCGACUAGGCACCGGAGGCCCCGUGGUGGACUGCAGAGGCCUGUUAGACAACGAAGGAACCGUGUAUGAAGACUCGGGCCCCGGGAGGCCACUCAGCUGCUUCAUGGAGGAACCAGCCCCUUACACGGACGGCCCGGGGGCCGCGGCGGGAGGCGGGAACUGCAGGUUUGUGGAGUCCCCGAGUCAAGAUCAGAGAGUCCAGGCCCAGCGACUUCGAAACCCCGAGGUCCGAGGGCCCCUGCAGACGCCGCAGAACCGACCGCACGGCCACCAGUCCCCGGAGCUGCCUGAAGGCUACGAGCAGAGAACCACCGUGCAGGGGCAGGUGUACUUCCUGCACACGCAGACUGGAGUCAGCACCUGGCACGACCCCAGGGUACCCAGAGACCUUAACAGCGUGAACUGUGAUGAACUUGGACCACUGCCACCCGGCUGGGAAGUCCGAAGUACCGUUUCCGGGAGAAUAUAUUUUGUAGAUCAUAACAACCGAACGACCCAGUUUACAGACCCGAGGUUACACCACAUCAUGAAUCACCAGUGCCAACUCAAGGAGCCCAGCCAGUCGCUGCCCCUGCCCAGCGAGGGCUCCGUGGAAGACGAGGAGCUUCCCGCCCAGAGAUACGAGAGGGACUUGGUCCAGAAACUGAAGGUCCUCAGACACGAACUCUCCCUCCAGCAGCCGCAGGCCGGUCACUGUCGCAUCGAAGUCUCCAGAGAGGAGAUAUUCGAGGAGUCUUAUCGCCAGAUAAUGAAGAUGCGACCAAAGGACCUGAAAAAGCGACUCAUGGUGAAGUUCCGUGGAGAAGAAGGUUUGGACUAUGGCGGGGUGGCGAGGGAGUGGCUGUACCUGUUGUGCCAUGAAAUGCUGAAUCCGUACUACGGCCUCUUCCAGUAUUCUACCGACAACAUCUACAUGCUGCAGAUCAACCCCGAUUCUUCCAUCAACCCUGACCAUCUGUCUUACUUCCACUUUGUGGGCCGCAUCAUGGGUCUGGCUGUGUUCCACGGGCACUACAUCAACGGGGGCUUCACGGUUCCCUUCUACAAGCAGCUGCUGGGGAAACCCAUCCAGCUUUCGGACCUGGAGUCGGUGGACCCAGAACUGCACAAGAGCUUAGUGUGGAUUCUGGAGAACGACAUCACGCCGGUGCUGGACCACACCUUCUGCGUGGAGCACAACGCUUUCGGGAGGAUUCUGCAGCACGAGCUGAAACCCAACGGCAGAAACGUUCCCGUCACGGAGGAGAACAAGAAGGAAUACGUGCGGUUAUACGUAAACUGGAGGUUUAUGAGGGGAAUCGAAGCCCAGUUCUUAGCUCUUCAGAAAGGCUUUAAUGAACUCAUCCCUCAGCACUUACUGAAGCCUUUUGACCAGAAGGAGCUGGAGCUGAUCAUCGGCGGCCUGGACAAGAUCGACCUGGACGACUGGAAGUCCAACACGCGGCUCAAGCACUGCGGGGCUGACAGCAACGUGGUCCGGUGGUUCUGGCAGGCGGUGGAGACCUUCGACGAGGAGCGGAGGGCCCGGCUCCUGCAGUUCGUGACCGGCUCCACGCGGGUCCCCCUCCAGGGCUUCAAGGCCCUGCAAGGUUCUACAGGCGCCGCAGGGCCCCGGCUCUUCACCAUCCACCUGAUUGAUGCCAACACGGACAACCUGCCCAAGGCCCACACCUGCUUUAACCGGAUCGACAUUCCACCUUAUGAGUCGUACGAGAAGCUGUACGAGAAGCUGCUGACGGCGGUGGAGGAGACCUGCGGGUUUGCCGUCGAGUGAGGGGGGAGGCAGCAGAGGCAGCUCCCACCGCGGCACCGUGCGCAGCGGGCCAGGCCCUGCGCUCUGCGCAGCCCGGGCGAAGGCUCGCCUCCCUCCUUUCCGCUGGGGGAGCGAGGGGACGGGGGACUUGGGUCGGUGGCUCCCACCCCAGUUUUCCUCCUUCUGCAGAACUCCCACCCUCCAUCGCCCGCCAUCCAAUAAAACGCAGCCAGGUUUAGCACUGCUUCGGUCACACGGGACAUCCUGCUACGGUUGUGACACUUAGGGGACAGGCUCGCUGCCUUGGGUGCUCUAGCGGAGGCUCGACCCACAGUCGCGGAACUGAGCUUGGCUGACGGAGGGGCCGUCCCUGGUGGCUCUUACUGGCUCUUCUGUCUCCAAGCAGACCUGAGGUCCCUUUUCAAGUUCAGCAACUCCAAUUCCAAAUUUCACAUCCUAGCGGCCUGCUCUGGGUGGCAGAUUAAUUUCUAACUGAAUAAUAACCAGAUAACAUACGCUAAUUGGAAUUCCACCCCAGCAGGAAGCUCGAGUCAAAAGUGUGCUUCCCUUUAGGAAAGGGAAGGAAGCUGGGGCCGCUGGCGCUGGAGGCCCAGGGAUUUUAUUUCAGGGGGUCCUGGCUGACAUGUUUGCUUUGCAUAGAGAAAAAUGAUCUUUCCGUUUAAGAGUCCCUUUAGCCGCGUUAUCGAUCCUGUUGGAGAUACUUUUACCACCACAUGACAGCUUAUAAAGGAACAGACCCAAACCACCUCAGACGCACGCGGCAGCGCACGCCCCUCCUGUACCUGGAAGGGCGUCGACUAGGUCGCUCGAAUACUAACAAACCGUUUUGCAGAAAGUGCUAAGAACUAAACAACAGAAGUCUGUCAUCAUGGCUGCUGGCUUGGUGCAAAUUAGCUGACAGGGGAGACUGGCCACGAAUAACCUCCAUGACCGAAGCCGACCCCAGCUCGGGGUGACUGUCUCACAAAGAGAAGGCGAUGGGAUGAGCGCCUGAGGGCAGCGGGGCAGGUCCCCUCAACACCUGAGGGGACCGGGACAGCCGCUCCUCCCUCCCUCCUGUCCCUCGAUUUCGCAUGCCCUUUCCCAGUCUGCACGAAAGCUGAAACUGGUUUAACAAAGAGGUUUGCUUUCGAGGAGCUGCAUUUCAGUGGAACAGUCGCAGCGGCAGCGGAUUCCUGUGGGGGUUUUUGCUGGUUGUCUUUGUCCCGGGGGCAAGCACAGGGUAAUUCAUUCGCGAGACAUUUCACUGUUGCAAUUUUGUUGACGCUUCCCGGUUCAGUGCUGGGAUCCAUCGGUGGGUCUUAGGUGGGUUUGGAGGGGGCUCUGGGGCCGCCUGUAAUGCCUGUUCUUUUUGUUCCUGGUACCUGUAGACAGUGCCGGGUUUUGAGGCGAACUUCCCUCUGCAUCUCGCUCUGGGUCUUUCGCUGGUCCUGGAGGCAGCCUGGGCGCUGCCGGCUGGGGGCUGCGGGGCGCCGGCCGAGGGCUGCAGGGGUGGGAGGAAGCCCCGCACCCGGGCUGCUUGCUGAGGUUCUGGGGCCGGAACGAUGCCGUUGGCUGCACAAGGACAACGUGGUCCAUUCGGUCGUCCGGGCCGGGCUGGGCUGGGCCCUCCCCGGUGCCGUCCGGCCUUGGGCUGCUCCUGCGUCCGGGUCGCGGCGGCACCGUUCUGGCGGAGGGCCUUCUAGAAGGUGGCUCGGCGGAGGCCCGCAGCCGUCCCCCGGGGCGGCCCUCUGGGGGAGUGCGGGAAGGAGCGGAGAUACAGACAGGCCCCCAGAUGGGUCUCCUCCCACCGGUGCCCGGCUUUGCCGCGUGAGUUCGGCAGAAGCUGCGGGAAGAGGAAGGAAACGAGGGUCUCGUGGUGAAAAGCCCCGGAAGCAGGACCGUGGCCUCUGACUGCUUUAAAACGCCGCCCUCCUGCUGCUGGGGGUGGCCGCGGACCGUCCCCUGCGGCCCCGGGCGGCUCUCCCGUCAGCGGCUCCUCCUCGGGCCGCCGGGCUCCGGCCGGGGUCUCUGCCUUCCCGCCCUUGGACUCGGGCCCCUCGCCGCCGCGCGGGGGUGGCGGAGCCUGACGGCAGAACCUUCCAGAGCCCCAGCGCGCUCUCGGCCCCGCACUCCUAGCACCUCGCCGUCCACCGCGGACUGGGCCUUCCGAGCCCCCAAAGACCAGCGGGCCUGCGGGGGCGCCCCGCGGCCCCCGCGCCGCUGCCCGAUGCUUCGGGGCCCGACCUGCAGGCUUGGCUCACCAGCGGCCACCAGCCGACCCUCAGGGAUGCAGCGAACCACCGCUCCGCCGGCGCCUCGGCGGAAGAACCGGGGCUGCGGGGCGACUCCUGGCGGCAGAAGCGCCUGGAACCCCGGCCCCCGGCCCCGGCGGUGGCCCGAGCGGAGCUGUCCGAGAAAACGCCCCCGGCCCGUCUGCAGCCCCGGGUGCCGCCCGGCAGCCUUCCCAAAACAUAGUAUGAAUUUUUAAAAUUUGUUUAUUUUUGUUUCUCAACCACUUUAUAAUGUAUUUUUUAAUUUAUUUUGUAAUGUCUUGUUUUUAAGUAUUGCUGCUAUCCUUGUUAUCCCUCCCACUGUUUUUAUUGCUGAUUUAUUUUGUGAAAGUUGUACACUAAUGUUCUGUUUUAUGUCAAAUUCAAAAGUAUUUAAAGAAAUACUAGUUCUAUUUAAUGUGGUUGUGGAACCAGCUGGAAACACAUGAAACACACAGUGAUUGUACAGCAGGCUGGACCCCGGCGGUCAGGUUCAUUUUGUUACAUAUGCAAUAAACUCACAACUUUACA